AUGCAUAAACCUUUGGUCGAGUUAUUUAUAAAGGCAUCUAGUGUUGACCCAGGGGACAAGGGAGCAUGCCCAUUCUCUCAGAAAUGGUUCAUGAUAUUCUACCUCUUUGUUGAACGCAAGGCCAUUAAUCUACGCGUUAUCCCUGUUUCGUCAGCCAAUCCUCCAACAGAGUACCUCAGCUUGGAUAUGGGCAAACAACUACCAGCAGUGGCAUUCUACACUGAGGGAAACGAUGAUUUAGAUGUCGGUUCUGUUCAACCGGAGUCCGUACACACAGGAAACGAUGAAUUAGAGCUAUUCUGCAAGCAGAGAUUCGCUUCUCAAAUAAAUAUUGAUGUGACUGAGCAGUGGGUUGGAGCUGACCUUCUAAGAAGUCUCAACCAUUUCCUUCGAACCGGUUCCGAUCAACAGAUGUUGGCUAAUCUUACGGCAAUUAACGAUCAUUUACUAAAUGCCCGUACAACAUUUUUGGAGGGAAAUGAUGUCUCCUAUUCAGAUUGUGUCCUUUCCUGUAAACUCCACCAUGUUCGCGUUGCUGCAUCCUUCUUCCGAGGAUUCACCAUUCCUGAGGACCUUCAGUAUGUUUGGUCCUAUCUAAAGGCCAUUUAUUCAACCAGAGUGUUCGACGUAUCCUGUCCCCUAGAUCGGGAUAUCUUAUUGCAUUACCUUGAGAAGGUUGAAUUUACCAGCCAGGAGGCAAGAAAUCAAGCUCACCAUGAAAUUAUCAUCCUACCACAAGAGAGGAAAACUACAUUUAUUUCAGCUAAUGGCCCAAAUGCAGUCAAUGGUGUGCCCCGAUUAAGGAGUUCGGGUGUGAAGUUAACUGUAAAUAAAGUAAUGCCAGCAAUGGAAUAUGACAAAUCUGUCGGAGAUCGAUUAAGCAAAUUUUACGGUAUGGCACUGGAGAAAACUUAG